AUGACGUCCACCUUGGCAUCCACCUCCUCCACACCAGGCAACAUCGCCUCGACCAGCACCUCGCUCUCCUCCUACACACGAGGCUGCAGCGCAACCGAUCUCGACCUCGCCACCACCUCGCUCUCCUCCACGGCCAUCACCAUCGUGCCGCUUACCUCGAUCGACCGCGUCCGCCUCCUCUCUGGGAUCUACGGGCCCUUCCGCCCACCGACACCUGCCACGGUCCCGCUCUGGGUGGCGCUGCACCUCAAGAAACGCAAAAAGGCAAUUGUCGUCCUGCCGACCUGGCUCACCGUGGAUGCGCUCACCGAGACGCUCAAGCACGAAACGACGCAAGCGGGAUUCUCCGACUUGCCACACUACUGGAUCGGUGUGUCGCAGGCCUUGCUCAGCAGUGCACCGGACGAUGUGCCCAACUCGAACCGCGUACGUGCGCUGCUCAAGGACAUCCGCGAGGCACGACAGUCCAAGAUCUUGUCCGGUGUACCCAUGAUCAACAGCGUGCAUCUCCAGAUGCACAACAUCUCCGCGCACGAAGUGGCCGAGCUGCGCGGCUUCUUCGGCACUGCGUUUUCGCACCUCAAGGCUCUGAGGCCGCCGAGCGAGGCCGAGGCCGAGGGCAAGCUGCAGUCCGAAUUGGAUGCCAGGAAUCGGUGGCUCUUGAUGCCCCCUCUCCCUACCAGUCUCGGCGGAGAAGCAGAUAAAGCAGCAGCAGCAGGAGCGUGGGAAAGCUCCGCACCGCGCGGAUCUGCGAUGGACCAGGACGAAUCAAUGACCACCAACUACACCGACGAAUCGUACCCUACAACUGAUUUGAGAGAACCACCACGAAAAUCAAACGUCUCGGAUUCAGGAUUUCACUCUGCUCCCCGACUCGCUCGCUCCAUAUCGCCGGUACAACGUCCACGGGCAGCCGAUUCAUCCGACACCAAUCGUCCCCCCCGUUUUGCUGUCGACGCCGACGAAGACGGUUUCUAG